GUCGAAGUGCACAACUGACCCUUCUCCGGUGAAGAAGAGGCCAAGACGGAUCGAGCACUUUAGUGGCAGCUGCAAUGUCCGCUCCACAGCAAGCCAACCACAGGUUGCCAGGUCACGGAGGCAGGGACAGCGACGGCAUUCCGUCCAAUCAGUUUCCUGUCCGCACGUUUUCAGCCCCACCUGGCGAUGCAGUUGACGCCAAUCGACCAAUCUAUGCGCCGUACAAAAGUGGCGCGGCUGGUGGAUACAACCCGGGUCCCCACGGUCAUUCGUACCAACAACAUCAACAUCCGCGUGGGUCAGGUUACGUGCCGCGAGGGGUGCCAACUGGGGAGUUUCGCCCUGGACAACCCUUCAUUCCACGAGGAGGAGCUCCGCAGCCGCAUCAUGUGACACACGAACAAGGCCACGACCCCAACGUAAACCCUCCACAGCACCCUCACCACCAUCCUGGCCAAGGACAACGCGUGGGUCACAACCAGCAACCCGGAGGUCUAGGGCGACCACCAAAUAGAGGUCCGAACCCCAACGUGGCUCCAUUCGUGCCGCAGUCUAUGCAACACGCCCCCCAACUCCCGCAACAAUCUGGGUACAAUCCUCGCCACCAACAACCGUACUACGCCAUGCAAGGAGGCUACGGCGCGGCCCCACCCCCUCACAUGUACGCCCCUCACCUGAACCAGGCUCAUUUGCCGUACCCACCCAUGCAAAUGGGUCUGAAUCCGUCGCUUGGGCUGGGCGUUCCAGGCCUAGCACCCCCCAUCGCUCCGCCGCCAGUCGUGCCACCUCCGCGUGAAAAGAAGGCGAUGCUCAUCAUCGACCCCAGGACGCAAAAGCCCAUCAACGAAUGCCUCGCCGAACCUUCAGACAAGAAAGCCAACCCUCCGAAGGCCACGUCGACAUUGCGCGCCGCGUCCAAGGAGUUUGUCAUGCCUUCCGCCGUCCCCGUGGCUUCUCACAUCAGCCCUCCCAUCCCCCCGUCGUCCCCAAUUGUUCACAAGGAGGCCACGCCGCUUUCCCCCAAACCACAUCCGAAGGUAAUCGUGCACACAUCCCCGACAAAUUCCCCAAAGCAUUCGCCCAAACCCCAGCCAAAGGAGCUGCAAUUCCAGCAUUCGCCCAAAACCCAGCCAAAGGAGCUGCAAUUCCAGCAUUCGCCCAAAACCCAGCCAAAGGAGCUGCAAUUCCAGCAUUCACCCAAACCCCAGCCAAAGGAGCUGCAAUUCCUGCAGUCGCCAACGUCCAAGCCCAAGUCCCCCGUGGCAACCCCGGCGUUGUCGUCGCCCAAGUCUGUGGGGUCCCCCAAGGCAGCAGCAACACCAGUCGAGCCCAGUCUUGUGUUUGGGACGGUGGAGCUGGACGCAGACUUGCUGGUUGCGUCUCCUACGAACGUGUCGCUGCCCCCUGGCUUUGAAGCCCCAGCCGAAGAGGAGGAAGACGUGAAGCAGGUGGUGGCACCCAAGCGCACGAUCGCCCGCCCUCCAAAUGACGCGCCUGCGAAGAAGGGCAAGACGUGCUACUCUGUUCGAUUUCUCUUCAGUUUCCGAGAAGAGUACCCGACCCUUCCAGACUCUGACGCCACGGGAUGGCUGUCGAUGGAGAUCACGAGCGACGGCCCGAGUGACCGCCGCGGAGCAGCGCGACGCACGGACCGUCAAAACUCUGGCGGCGGUCCGCCCACUGGACAAUUGCAACGCCAAAGCAGCCGUGGAAACAACAACGACAAGUCCAAGCAGCAAUGGCAACGCGACCAGACGACCUCUCGACGGACUCCUGGGGGAGGCCGUGGUGGCAAGUCGUCGCACCAGCAGCCAUUCAACGACGGCGUAGAAGGAGCUUUGAAACGAAACGACGAGAAUCGAUGGGUGCCCGUCAAAGCCACGUCCAACCUGGAGAAGGUGCUGAAGCAAGUGCAGAGCAUCAUGAACAAGAUGACGACGCAAAUGUUUGACGUUCUUUCACGGCAGCUGAGCGAGAUCCACAUGGAGAGCGACGAGAUGCUCACGAGUGUCAUCACAUCCAUCUUUGACAAGGCGCUGGGCGAGCCCCACUUUUGCGAAUUGUACGCGAACUUGUGCGUUCGGUUAGAAACCCAUUGGCAAGUGUGGAGUUUUUUGCAAAUUGUCCACAACCAAGACCUGGACUCGUGGUGGUGGACCAAGAUGAGCGACGUCGACGCCGAAGUCGUGGGUCCGUUCGCGACCGCCGACGAACUGUUUGAAAACGCAGAGGAAGAUCCACUGGAUGUGAUCCCCGCCCCCGAAGGGCUGACGCUCAAGGAAGUGCGCGUCCGCAACGGCAAGUUCAUCAAAGUGUGGGAAGCCGCGUCGUCUGCCGCCUUGUACUGGUCUGGCCAAAACGUCGAAGAUUUGGGCGAGUCCCAAGUACUGUAUGGCCCGUUCGCGAGCUGGGACGAAGCCAACAUCAACGCGAUCAAGACGACGUCGUUCAAGCGGCUGCUGCUGAACGCGUGCCAAGCCGAGUUUGAAAAGGACAACAUUUACGAAGAGCUCGACAAGACCAUGGCCAUCGCCCGCGAAGAGGGCACGCUCACCGCCGAGGUUGAAGCCAGCUACGCGGAGAAGAAGAUGCUGACCAAACGGCGAAUGCUGGGAAACAUCCGGUUCAUUGGCGAGCUGUUCCGCAAGGGUAUGCUGCAGGAGCGUAUCAUGCACGCGUGCAUCAUGAAGCUGAUGGGGGUGGUCCGUGUCCCCCAUCCCGACCAGUACAAGAUCGCGCCGAUCAAUCCGACCGCGGCACCCGACGACGAAAGCAUCGAGUCGCUGUCGAAACUUCUGACUACGAUGGGCAAGGACCUCGAAGCGCUCAGCGGGUCCCCAGGGGCGAUGGCCGAGUACUUUGACUACUUGACCUAUCUGACCAAGGACAAGCGGCUGUCGUCGCGCAUCAAUUUCAUGAUCCUCGACGUGAUCGACCUGCGCCACAAUCGAUGGGUGCCGCGGCGGAAAGAACUGACGCAGAAGACGCUGCUUGAAAUCCGAAACGAUGCUGAAAAGGAGUACGCCGCCGCGGGCAAGAAGCAGGGCCCGCCGCCGCCGUCACGUGGCGUCGCGUCCUCGUCGUCAGCGCGUGAAAUGGGCCAGCGGGGAGCCCCUCGAGGAGGCAACAACCCACCUCCCCAGCGAAGCAACUUCAAUCUGGACCGAUCUCGAUCGCAGCAAGUGGACAAGGCAGGCCCGUCCGGCCGACCUGCGACCUAUGGCAGCUUCAAGGGAAAGGCGGGAGGAGGAGGGGGAAGUCGUGCGGCGACCCCGCCGUUGCCCGACAAGCCGGCGAAAGUACCGGUUCAAAAGGAGAUUGCCACCCAAGUGAGUCAACUGUCGGAGGACGUCACGCAAGGCAUUGCAAAGAAAGCCAAGGCCAUUUUGGAGGAGUUUGUGCAGCUCCAGGACGCCAAGGAGGCCGCGGCGUGCGUGGCCGAGCUCAAGACCAGCUUGGCGCCAGGCCUGUCGCCCCUCGUCGUGUCGAGCGUGUUCGCAAAGGAAUCGUUCCAACUAGCCAUCGAGGCCAAGGACGCGAUCCGCCAAGGCUUGUUUGAUGCGCUCACGACUUUGCACGUUGACAAGGUGUUGGAGAGCGACGCCAUCAAGUUUGCGCUGGAGGCGGUCGUGCUGGCCGCGCCAGACGUGUGCUACGACGUGCCCAAGAUCCACGAGCACGUGGGGACGCUAGUGAGCCGCUUCUUCCGGUCGAUUCCGUCGCUGUCGCUUGAGUGGUUGAUCAGUGGCAUCGAAGCCGACGCGGACUUGCUGGAGGAACUGGUCGAGAGCGGCGUGCUGGGGGGUAUCGUGGGUGUCUACUUGUCGCAGAUUCCCCCGGCGGUGGCCCAUGACCAGUCCAAGGCGUUUGUGGCUGUGAAUGUGACGUCGAUUCUGCCCAGUCAUAAGCGCGCCGUGGCCGAUGUGUUGGCGUGGAUGACCAAGUUCAACUUGAGCCAGGCGCUUCCUGCGAUCCACGCCGCCGGUCAAGUGGUGUCCGCCGCCGAGGGUUUCAAAGACGAAGAUGCGACCAUCGCGUGGGUAGAGGCCAACGUCCACGGAGACAAGCGCAAGGACAGGUUGUUUUGCAAGCAAACGUGCCUCUUCCUGCUGAGCACGUCGGGGACCGAAUACAGCCGCCUCUUGAUGGGUUUGUGCGGCAACAUUGAAGGUGAAUUGACCCUCGUCAGUGGCAUUGUCCAGGAAGUGGCUCCAGAGAAAUUGAAGGACUUGCUGUCGCACUUGCUGGACGCGCAUGUAGUGUCGGACAAAGCGCUGACGACAUGGAAAGACACGAGUCGUCGCAGCCCCAGCCGAGAAAAGGCGCUGGUGCACAUUGGCGCGUUCAUCGACAAGUUGAAAUAACUAGUUACUACGUGUGUACUCGGAAUAGAAAAUGCAUCGUGUG